GCAGACCAAACUCCAACUUCAAAGGCAAAACGUAAAUGUCUGAACUUUCAACCUACUGCAUCAGAAGUCAAAACUGUGGUUAUAUUACAAUUGGGAAGUAAGAAAUGUCAUUUCAGUUUUGCACGCUAACGAAUAAACCAAAUACAUAAUAGAUCUUAAUACUGCCCACUUUCUGAAUUCAUAUUAAUAUAUACGUCAAGUCGUUACAAAAAAAAAACGUUUAAAAAUGGUUGUAGCAUCGACAAAUUUUUCUGCGCCGCCAGUUGAAAAUGUGAUUUUACAAAAUUCCUCUACGAAGCUGCUGGUAAAUAACCUGGAAAUUGGUACAGCAACUUUAUAUAUUACUGAAAACAAUGUUGUAUGGGGUGGGGGUGCUGCAGCUUCAGGUGGACCAUCACCAACUGUGUCUAUUCUUUAUCCAAAUAUUUCUCUCCAUGCAGUGCAACGGGAACCAAGCCCAGCUCUGUAUCUUGUCCUAAACUAUGAAUUGAGGUUACCCAAUGCACCCAGUGGAGCAGGUGAUAGCAAUGAGGCUCAAAAUGAAAAUGAUGAUGAAGAAUUUGAUGCUGAUGAUCAACCCAUCACACAGAUAAGGUUUAUACCAGAAAACGAAAAUGACCUGCAACUUAUGUUUUCUGCUAUGUGUCAGGGUCAAGCUUUACACCCUGAUCCCCAGGAUGAGUCAGAAGAUGACCCUUACAUGAAUUUGGAUGAUGAUGAUGAAGAGUUUGAAGAUGCACAGGAAAAUGACUCUUCAGAUGAAGCAGCUGGGAGAAUGCAGCAACUUAGAAUUGAAACUUUAAAUGGGAGCACACAUUAUGAAGAUUGCGAAGAUGUCGAAAAUGAAUAACUUUAUUUUGUAUGGUGGACACACAAUUGACUGAAAAUAUUUGUGUUGUUCAGGAAGAUAAGUUUUUUAUAAAUUUUUAUAACCAUACAAGUAGCAAUAUUUCCCAUGUAUUGGCUAUAUCUGCUAAUAUAAAGGUUUUUGUUGCUCAAUAUUCAACUAAUUAAAAAAUCUAAAUUUUUUAUUUGGUCCAGUGCUCCAAAAUGCAGUUUUCUCUAAAAAAUAACAAAUGAAAUUAUAAUUCUAAAAUAUUUACCUUUUAUACCUGUUGAUUUGCUAAAACAUUGCAAAUUUUCAGAUAGGUACUUUAUAAGAAAUGAUUUGGAGGCAAAUUAUAUUGUAGAAUUCGAAUAUAAAUAAUCUCUUAGUUUGGCAAUACUUUAAGAAAGUUUGGUUAUAUACAUAACAUAACAAAAACCUGUAUGCGCCUGACCAUGUAUGUUGAGCUGAUCCACCUCGGAUCAAUUUUUACUUCCUUAAUGUUGUGAUUCAAUUUUUUGUUUUUUCAAUGUUAUGAAGCAAUACUUUGACUUCACUAAUGUUUUACAACCAAACUCUAAUGUAGUAUUUGUAUUCCAAAAGCUAGAUGUAAUGUUUCGUAAUAAAUUAUAUAAUUAAAGGUUUUUA